AUGGAUCUCCAAACCUCUCAACAACAACAUCAAACACACUCACAAAAGCUCCAAAUUAUUCAAUCUUUUCCCGUUGUGAUUCUCAAAAGAGAGCUCCGCUAUGCACUUUCUUUCAUCACCCUCGUUAUAUUUUCCGUCGCCAUAUCCAGACUCGUGAGCCCUUUUCAUCCACAGUUCAUAUUUCGCUUCGGUUUCUUUUCUAAUAAUUUGAGACCUAAUUCCUUAGCAGUUUGUGGUAAUGAUCAUUAUUAUUCGUACGGGAGAUGGGUUAGAGAUGAUCUUCGUCCACUUCAGUUGUACGAUGAAAGCUGUCCUUUUCUUGACCCCGGGUUUCGUUGCAGCCAAAACGGGCGAAAAGACGAGGAUUAUCGGAGAUGGCGGUGGCAACCCAACGGCUGUGAUCUUCCCAGAUUUAACGCCAGCGACUUCCUAGAAAGAAGUAGAAACGGAAGAAUAGUGUUUGCAGGCGACUCUAUUGGGAGGAACCAAUGGGAAUCCUUGCUAUGCAUGCUUGCACAAGCAGUGUCAAACAAGUCUACUAUCUAUGAAGUGAAUGGAAGCCCCAUUACUAAGCACAAGGGCUUUCUCUCUAUGAGAUUUCAGGAGUAUAACCUCACCGUUGAGUACUACCGAGCUCCUUUUCUCGUCACCAUCGGCCGCCCACCUCCGAACUCGUCGAAACAAGUGCUCAGCGCCAUUAGAGUCGAUCAAUUGCACUGGUACUCCAAGAAUUGGGCUGGAGCUGAUGUUCUAGUUUUCAAUGAUGGGCAUUGGUGGAACAAGGGCAAGACAACUAGUGUGGGCUGCUAUUUCGAGGAAGACCAGAGAGUAAAUAUGACGAUGGAUGUCAUGGAAGCCUUUCGUAGAUCAUUGCAAACAUGGAAGUCUUGGGCGUUAAGGCAUUUAAAUCCUGAAAAAAGUCAUAUUUUCUUUCGCAGCUACUCCCCCGUGCAUUACAGGAAUGGCACAUGGAAUGAAGGGGGUAACUGUGAUAUGAAUGUGGGACCAGAAACAAAUACCGAAAAUCUAGAAGCUGAUCCAUCAAAUAAUCUAAUCAUCUAUGACGCAGUCAAACAGAUGGAUUAUGGAAACUGGAAGGUCCAGUUCUUGAAUAUCACCUACCUAACGGAGAUCAGGAAGGACGGUCACCCUUCCAAGUAUCGCGAACCAGGAACUCCGCCUCUUGCUCCUCAAGAUUGCAGCCACUGGUGCCUGCCUGGAGUGCCGGACACAUGGAAUGAACUUCUGUAUGCCCGUCUACUAUCAAAAGGAUUCAGAACUAAGUGA